GCGGCUGGAGAGGCUCUCCGAUAAAUGGAAUGACCGAAUUCGAGGAGCAAGCAACUUCAACUUUUGGGGCAGCAGCCGUGGAUAGAUUGCCGAGUGUUGCGACUUUGGGUCACCAGGUUUUGCCGUUGUAUUUAAAUACAGCGCAAGCUCCAGCUUCCUCGCCACCACCAACAGUCACAUCGCCUGCUCCAGCGCCCUCACCAACAGUCCCAUCUCCUGCUCCAGCACCCUCACCAACAGUCGCUUCGCCUGCUCCAGCAUUUCCUGUUCUUUCUCUAAAUUUUUCUUCCCAACCUUCACCUCCAGAUUCCUUAUCUCCUCCCAUCUUAUCUUCUCCUAUGCCAUCGCCUUCCUACAUCCCUUCUGAAAAAUUGACUGCAGCGAAAGUGCUUGGAGCAGUGCUAAAAAAAAUGGAGGAUCGAGAAAAGCGAGAGGAGGAGGCCAUUGCUCUACAAAGGAAAAUUGUAGAGCAAAAUGUGCAGAUGACAGGGGUGCUGAACCAAAUGGCACAAGCACUAACCUCUCUGUCAGAGGUUAUGUCUAAAUUAUCUGAAAAAUUAAAUAAGUAA